AAAAAAAAAAAAAAAAACUGUUUUUUCCCCUAUAUAAUACACAAGCGAAGAAGCGGAGAGCAUCGCACCGUUCCCAUUUCCCUCGCCGCUAAUCUGUGGAAGGUUCCUCGGCGCCGUCCCCUUAAUUCAUCGUCGAAGAUCUGAGGUCACGGGGAAGGAUAUCGUCGAUUCCAUGGCGCUGGUUUUGCAUGCUGGGAAUACAAACAAAAAUGGGUUCAAGGCGCUUAUUGCUGCCGAGUACAAUGGGGUCAAGAUUGAGCUAGCAAAAAACUUUGAAAUGGGUGUUUCGAAUAAAACUCCAGAGUUUCUGAAGAUGAACCCUAUUGGGAAGGUUCCUGUAUUGGAGACACCUGAUGGUGCCAUUUUUGAGAGUAAUGCGAUAGCACGCUAUGUCGCUCGCUUGAAGGACGACAGCCCUCUUUAUGGUUCUUCCCUAAUUGAAUAUGCUCGUAUUGAGCAAUGGAUUGACUUUUCAUCGAUGGAAAUUGAUGCAAAUAUUGGAAGGUGGCUUAUUCCGAGGCUUGGCUUUGCUCCCUAUGUUCCUUCAGCUGAGGAAUUUGCUAUAUCCUCUUUGAAGAGGGCACUAAAUGCCCUAAACACCCAUCUCGCCUCGAACACUUACCUUGUUGGGCAUUCCGUGACUCUCGCUGACAUCAUAAUGACAUGCAACCUAUACUUCGGUUUUGCUAGAAUCCUGACCAAGAGUUUCACUUCGGAAUUCCCUCAUGUUGAGAGGUACUUUUGGACUUUGGUCAACCAACCGAACUUCGCCAAGGUAUUGGACGAUGUUAAGCAGGCGGAGACGGUCCCACCUGUUCAGUCGCAGAAGAAACCGUCUCAGCAGCCUAAGGAGCCAGCUAAGCCGAAGGAGGCGAAGAAGGAACCUAAGAAAGAAGCAGCACCAAAGCCCAAAGUACAGGAGACUGUAGAGGAGGAAGAGGAGGCGCCUAAGCCCAAACCGAAGAAUCCGCUCGAUCUGCUGCCCCCUAGUAAGAUGAUAUUGGAUGAGUGGAAGCGGCUGUACUCGAACACAAAAACCAACUUUCGUGAGGUUGCCAUUAAAGGUUUCUGGGACAUGUACGACCCUGAGGGAUACUCUUUAUGGUUCUGCGACUACAAAUACAACGACGAGAACACCGUUUCCUUUGUCACUUUAAACAAGGUGAGCGGGUUCCUGCAGCGAAUGGACCUGGCUCGCAAGUACGCUUUCGGCAAGAUGCUCGUGAUCGGGUCCGAGCCGCCCUACAAGGUGAAGGGGCUGUGGCUGUUCCGCGGGACGGAGAUCCCUCAGUUCGUGCUCGACGAGUGCUACGACACGGAGCUGUACGAGUGGAGCAAGGUGGACAUAAGCGACGAGGCGCAGAAGGAGCGGGUCAAUGCCAUGAUCGAGGAUCAGGAGCCGUUCGAGGGCGAGGCCUUGUUGGACGCCAAGUGCUUCAAGUGAGAAAGAAUCAAUUUUGAAGCUCGAAACUCGCCGUAACCGUUGUACCUCUCUGCGGUCUCAUUUUGAUUGAUAUUGGACUCUUAUCUAAAAAGUCUUUAGUUAGUUGUCUCAUUAUUCGCACUUGUUAUUAUAGGGUUAACGUGGUGCUCAUAUUAGAUAACAUUAGUUACCAAAGUUUUGCAACUUUGAGAGUUUAUAAUAAUGGUGGUUAAUUUAA